AUGGCGCGUCUUGCCUCGCGUCCCCGUCGUCCUCGAGUCUCUUCUUCCUGUCGGUCCUGCCUCGCCCUCCUCCUCGCUCUCGGGCCUUGCUUCGCGGUCCCCGCGUCGCCCUCGCCGCCGGACGCGUCCGAUGACCUCGGCUGCGCGUACUACGGAGACAGCGACUGUCCGUCCUUCCUCAGCUUCGCCGCCCAGACGCUCGCGCUCUGCUUCCGCACCUGCCGCCAGGUCGCCGCGACUGCGGCCCACGCCGUCCUCUCUGGCCUCGCGCGCCUGACUCCCUUCCUCGACACCGACGGCGCCAGUGCGCGCAUGAUCCACGUCGUCUUGAGUGUCCUGGCGACCGCGAGCUUCCUCCUCCUUCUCUCGCAGAUCUUCUGGCGGUACCGCGUGCACCACUACAACAAGGCCGGCUCGCACGGCCUGAUUCCCAAGUCGCUCCACCAGUGGGAACCGUUCUCCUCGUCCUCUUCCCCGCGGUACUGCUCGGUCUGUCGCCAGCUGAUCUCCGGCUUCUUGAUCUACCGGAACACGGGCUGGGCAUGCAGCCUGUGCCAGCGCUACGCCCACACCAAGUGUCUCCGCCUCGCAGAGCGGCUCGACUGCAAGACGCCGUGUCUUCCUGCGCCGACGCCUCACGUCUUCGUCCAAGGCAAUCUCUCGGCGGACGCGACGUGUUGCUGUUGCGGACUCGCAUGCAGUUCGAACUUCGGCUUGGACGGGCUCCGGUGUCUCUGGUGCAACCGCACCCUCCACGAGGAAUGCCGCCACCGCUUGCCGUCUCCGCUCUGCGACUUGGGCCCCUUUCGUCAGCUGAUUCUCCCGCCCUCGGCCGUCAGCCUCAGCUUCUCGCUCCUCUCCUCGAAUCGCGGUCUCCUCCGGGUGGCGUCGUCGCUCUGGGGCCGCGUGGGCGUCAAGGAGGUAGUUAAGGAAGGGUUCAAGGAAGGUCUGCGAGAGAUGCAAGAAGGCGUGCGAAAGUUCAACGAGGCGAUCGUGCAGCCGCUCAAAAAGUCUUUAAAAUUCGAGCAAAGACAGAUCGCGCCGGGCGAGACAGGGGCGGAAGAACCUGAGAAGACUCCGGACAAGAAGAGAGAAGCGACCCGCCGGACAACCCAGCUGGAGACCGCGCAGGACGAAAGAGAGACCGACGAGGAACGGAGCGGGGGAGGGGAGAGACAUGACCAGGACGAAGAGGACACGAACGAGCGAAAGACGACGGCGAGGAAGGUCGCGUCUGUGCGGAAGGCAGAAGGGGAGCACGCGCAGACGCGUGGGGAAGCGACGAGCAACCCCGACGGUGAACAGAGACAGGAGGGAACGGAGGGAGACAGAGGGGACACCGCGUUGCUGGGUCUUGGAAGACAGGACGAAUCGAAGACGCGAGGUGAACGUCGACGUCCGAUUUCGUCUUUGGUUUCAGCGAUUUCUACAGCAACGGAGCAAGGCCGCUCCGAGCAGCUCGCCUCAUCUUCUCCCGGUGUUUCUUUCGCAGAGCCGCCGACAAAGCCAGAAGCCGCCGCGCCGUCCCAGCCUUCCGGCGUGGCACGGGAAGCUGUGGGCCUACACACAGCCGGCGGUGCCGGGGAAGACGCGGAGAGCACAGAGGAGGGGAGACGCUGCGAGAAAGGCUCCGCAGGUGAGAGCCUUGAUAGAGGGCAGGCGGUCGGAGACCCCGUGGAGGAACGACGGGGAAGUGAGCCAGUCGCGCGGUUAAGAGAUCUCGAGGAUGCAGAGGCGAGCUGGAACCCCGACUCGUCCCCGGAAAACCGGUCUGUGGAGACCUGCAAGGCCUGGAAAUCCCGCUCGGCACCUCGCAAGUCUGGUGGGUGUGAGGUCGGGCUAGAUGCCCAGGAAAAGACGCACCGGGGACCUGUCUCUGAUCUCUCUUCUUCCGCGUCCUUCUCUCCUGGCGAUGGGCGGGAGGCACGAGGGAGCAGCGCAGAGAGCGCAGAGAGCGCAGAGAGCGCAGCGCGCGGCGACGCAGAGGGACGAGGAAAGACCGACCACGAGCGCGAGACGCUCGCGGAGACGCAUCUGAAGACAGAGAGCGAGAGCGACGACCCCGCCGGGGAGGGAACGCUGGAAUACCUCAGAGAACCGAGCGAGGCAGAGGGGCCAACGGCUUGGCGGGCGAAAAGGCGAGAGGAACCGGAAGACACUCAGGAUGAGAACGAGGGGACGCGGCAGGCUUUUCCCAGGCAGGUUUCCGAAGCUCUCGAGAAGGGAGAAGACGAUUCGGGCGUUUCAGGGAAAAAGCUGCGACUCAACGCGACGCGCAAGGUCGGGAUGCCACCCGGAACUGGAAGCAAAGCGCGCCGAAAGGACAGCAGCCGAACGCAAAUGAUGUACUCCGUGGCGAAGGCGAUGCCGCCCAUGGCGUCUGUUUGGCGGCUGAGGUCCAAUCCGAGUCUCUGGUUUUCAGAGCCGCAGGCCACGCCGCUCCUGGUAUUUGUCAAUGUCAAGAGCGGUGGGCAGACGGGCAAAACGAUCUACAAAGACCUCGUUGGGAUUUUGAACCCGUUACAGGUGAUUGAUAUCCAGGCAGAGGGAGGCCCGACCCGCGCGCUGACUUUCUUCCGGCCGCUGGCGAUGACGAAGCGUCUCCGAGUGCUGGUCUGCGGGGGCGACGGCACAGUGGGGUGGAUCAUCGACAGCAUCCACAAGGUGUAUGGGGCGGAGUCGCUCGAGGACGAUCGCAGCAGCGAGGGCCAGACCGGCGAGGACGCGGACUCGGGCGACGCCGCCCUGCCGAUUUCGACUCCAGGAAGCGAGACGGGCAGCCGCGGCGCUUCGAGGACGACUGACGCCGACAGCGAGCGGCACCGAGGCGCCCUGCGGAAAGAGAAGGAAAGAGCGAAGAGGGAGCGUGCAUGCGACUUGCGGAGCCUCGUCCCCGUCGGGAUCUGUCCCCUCGGAACCGGCAACGACUUGAGCAACGUGCUCGGGUGGGGCUUCUCCUUUGACGGAGACAUCAUGAAGCACCUGCUCAAGAUUCAGAGCGCCGUCUCCUCGACGCUGGACCUCUGGAAAGUGAAAGUCACGUCUGACAAGACCAACGCGACGCUCGUCGAGACGACCUUUUCGAACUACCUCGACGUGGGCGUGGCCGCUCGGAUUGUGUUGAAGUUCCACAAACUUCGGGAAGAAAAUCCAGAGCUUUUUCAAAGCCGCCUCGGAAACAAGUUUCUGUAUGGCGAAGUCGGGUUUCGCGAUUUCCUCGUCACCCCCAACAUCGCCUUAAGAGGUCUGAAGAUCUUCUGCGACGGAGAGGAAAUCGCUCUCCCGUAUCUGGAGGGCAUUUGCGUCGUCAACAUCCCCAGCUUCGCAGGUGGAGUGGAGUUGUGGGACGCGUCGCCGGAAUCGUGGGCGCGAACGUCGCCGUCGGCUCCGGGGCGUUUCUCUCCUUUUCCGUCUCUGCGGUAUUCCUCGCACGAUCUCGGCCGGGUGUCUCGCAGCCCGCUUCCUUCUCUCCCAGGAUUUCACAAGAGGGAGGCGAAGCAGGCGCCUUCGCGCUCGACGCACAACGCGUUCGCCCUCCCUUUGACGCAGCGCCAACAGCACGCGCGCCCGACAACACGAGAGGAGCGAAAGGCAGUGGAGGCGGCGCACACCCUCUCGGACCCUCCGCCCUUUGCGCCUCCGUCUGCAGCGUUCGCCCACUUCGAGGCUGGAGCUGCGCACGCCUUCGCUUCGCGCAGCGUCUCGGCUCGGCAGGCCGGCCCGUUCGAGGCCGCAGCCGAAGAAGAGACGCUCGGCCGCUGCUGCUGUUGUGGGGCGAAGAUCGCGCCUCCUUUGCCGCGCGACGGCGCCGCUUCACGUCCCCCUCUCUUUGCUCCGGGGUUCCGAGCCGCCGACGAGCCGGCUUGCUCCGCGGCGAUUGGGAAGUGCCCUCGAGAGCGAAGCGCCGGCGCGCGCCUCAGGACGCCGUCGCCUCACAGGGCCCGUUCGCGUCUCUCCAGGAAUGGGAACUCCGAGCGCGCGCCUGGCACGGACCUCUUCCGCCAGCGGAAACGCGCGAGACACGCCGAAAGUUUGGGCGCGUCUUCCUUCUGGGCCUCGCCUCUCCCUUCUCUGCGGUUCGCCUCGAAACACAAAACGCCGCGCGUCCCUGCCUCCGGCCCUCGGCGCGCGUGGCCGGGGCGCCGGUGUGUUUCUGAGGAAGGCCGAGAGGCGCGAAGAGGCGCGAGGAGACGAUUCCCAGACUUUUUAGGUCAAGAAGGGGAGUUUGAAGAUUUGCCGCGCGACCGCCGUCGCACGGUUUCGGGGCGUUCACUCGCGUCUCCCGAGACCGUCGCGGCACUGGCUGACGCAGAGCUGGCCGCGAAGGACGCAGCGUGUGCGCGCGGCCGUGAGUCUCCGGAGAAGUCAGUGGGAGAGGAAGGAGGCGGCCGUCUCGGCCGUGGACCCGUCGCCUCGCGGUCGCCAGUUUCGAGAAUCCGUGCCGACGACAGGAAGCGGUCUGGGGCUGCAGCUGCGGCCGGUGGGACGUGCCCGACUUGCAGGCAGCCUGUGAAGGUGUCUGUCUCCGAGCUGUCUCCUCCUUGCGGGGCGAUUCGGCGAGCCGCGGAGGCGCGGCCGGGGCACUGCGACGUGGCCCGCGCCCGCCCGUGCCUCCCGGAGGGAAGAACGCAGGCGUUUGUUUGCGGCGAGUGCUGCGGCUGCACGGCGGGGAAAGAGAGGACGCGCGCGGGGCUUGUGGUGCCUGGACGAGAAGACAGAGAAGGGCGAGAAAGAAAAAGCUGCGGGAGCACUCGGAAGAGCAGCAGCUGCGGACCUCGCCGGGCAGGGUCGAGAGACAGCGGCCGAGGAGACAGAAAGACGCCGGACGACGCGAGACGAGCGGGAAGGGGUUACGCCACAUGCGAACGCGCCGCCACCCUCCAGAUGGACGCCUUCCAGGAAGAAAGCAACUUCCCGUGCGCUGGCGAACCGGCGAGCCUCGGGCCGCAGCCUGAGGGGUUGGGGGGGCGACGCGAGGCGAGCGCAGAGGCCCAAGGGCGAAUACGGCGAGAAGACAGCCAGCGAAGAGAGGCCGCGAAGGCCGCAAACAGCCCAACCCGGUGGCGACAACAAAUCAUCAACGACCAACUCAUCGAAGUUGUCGGAUUCAAAAGUCUGUUCCAUCUUGGCCAGGUUCAGGUUGGGUUGGCGAAACCCGUUCGGAUUUGCCAAGGACGAGACAUCAAGUUGAUUUUGCCUCAAGAAAUUCCGCUGCAGAUCGACGGCGAGCCGACUAUGCUUCAACCUGAGACGACGAUGCACAUCACCUGGAAUGGAGAGACGCCGGUGCUCCUCGCGUCCGACAAGUCUGCGCAGACGCAAACUCUGGCCGCCGUCCAGCAGGCAAGUGGCGGUUUCUGGGGAUCCCGUCGCGGCCUGCUCAGCGACUACCAGUUCGCCCAGCUCGCGUACGAGUUCCAGAAACGUUUCUGA